AUGAGCUUAAAUUGCUCAUGCAUUAUCGGCAACAAGUUCAUUUCAGAUCUAAUGAUUGCUCGCCAACUGAAACUCAAAACCUUCAGCAAAAUUCCCGUACUAAAGCUUCGAGGAAUGAGAAAAUUUUGCUCAUUUUAUAAUGGACGACACGUGCUCGAUGAAAAUCCUAAGCAAAAUCUUGUCCCUUUUCAUCGUUGCAUGCUCUAUUUUAUUCGCCAAGGUCGUGAAUUUGAAGCUCUUAACACUUUCAAGAAGCAGCUUCAAUUGGGUAUUUUACAAAUUGAUGAAGUGGCAAUUGCCAUUGCUCUCAAGGCUUGUCGUAGGGACCAAAAACGUGGGUGUCAAAUUCAUGGUUUUGCGAUAACUUCUGGACAUAUAUUUUAUGUUACUGUGUCUAAUUCAUUGAUGAACAUGUAUUGUAAAUCAAAAAAUCUGGACAAUGCAUUCUCUAUCUUUAAGAAUUUGAAGAACCCUGAUACUGUUUCUUAUAACACGUUGUUGUCGGGCUACGAAAAUGGUGAAGAAGCAUUAAUGUUUGCUCGUGGAAUGCGUUCAGCUGGUGUUGUUUUUGAUGCCGUGAGCUACACUUGUGUUCUUGCGCAUUGUGCACAUUGUCAGGAGUUUGAUUUUGGCAUUCAGUUUCAUUGUCUUGGUUUGAAGUUUGGUUUGGAAAGUGAGAUUUUCAUUGGGAAUGCACUGGAGGGUACUUAUGGACUGGAAGCCAUUUUGACAUUUGUAGAAAUGGUGAGAGAAGGUAUGAAGCUGGAUCAUGUAUCGUUUACUGGUGCGGUUUCAGCUUGUGGCCAUGAAAGGAACUUGGUUUUUGGCAGGCAGAUACAUACGAUGUUGAUUAAGAGAGGAUAUGAUACUAAUGUUUCGGUUUGUAAUGUUUUGAUAUCAAUGUAUUCCAAAUGUGAUGUUGUGGAUGAUUCAAAGUUGGUUUUUGAGAACAUGAUUGAUCGUAAUGUAGUGUCUUGGACGACAAUGCUCUCCAUAACUGAAGAGGAUGCUGUCAUUUUAUUUAUGGGAAUGAGAAGAGAUGGAGUAUAUCCAAAUGAUGUUACAUUUGUGGGAUUAAUCCAUGCCGUAACAAUAAACAAUAUGAUUCAAGAAGGCCUAAUGGUACAUUGUUUUUGUAUAAAGACAAACUUUAUUUCAGAAUUGAACGUAGCUAAUAGUUUCAUUACCAUGUAUGGUAAGUUUGAGCUCAUGGAAGACUCUAUUAAGAUUUUUGAGGAGCUCGACAACGUAGAGAUUAUAUCAUGGAAUGCUUUGAUAUCUGGUUACUCUAUGAAUGGGAUGUAUCAAGAAGCUGUACAGAAUUUUUUGUCUGCCUCAACAGAAUUACGACCAAACCAUUAUACAUUUGGCAGUGUCUUAAAUGCAGUUGCUUCAUCUGAAUCAAUUUCUCUGAGGCAGGGCCAACGAUUUCAUGAUAUGCUGGGCCGGACAGGGAGUCUGGAGGCUGCUGAAGAGUUUGUUAAUCGGAUUCCUGGAGGACCAGGAAUAUCUGUGCUGCAAAGCUUGCUUGGGGCUUGCAGGAUUUACAGAAACGAGGAGAUGGCCAUGAGGGUGGCCGAUGCUCUGAUUGCCAAGGAACCUGAUGGUUCAGGUUCUUAUGUAUUGAUGUCUAACUUGUUUGCAGAGAAGGGGAAGUGGGAGAAUGUAGCUAAAAUGAGGAAAAUGAUGAGAGAUAGGAAAGUGAAGAAAGAAAUCGGAUUUAGUUGGGCAGAUGUAGGUAAUGUUGAUGAUUCCAUAUAUAUGCAUGGAUUUUCGUCAGGGGACAAGUCUCACCCGUUGUCUGAGGCGAUUUUUAGGAUGUCAGAAUUGCUAGGAUCAGAAAUGAAGUAUUUAGAGAAAGAGGAGAAAGAUCAUUUACUAUUUGAUCAAAAGAGACUGGGAUAUCUAGAAUCCUUUACUAUAAAUGGCCAAGUCUUAUUAGAGUAA